AUGAAGAAAUCACUGAUAAGCUAUCCGUUGAUAAUCUGUUUUAUCAUUGGCAUCCUGCAGCUAACUGAGAUUGAGACACAUGAGCACAGCGAUGGUUACAAGCCAGAUGGUGAAAUCUUGCGCGUGCUUGUCAAUAAUUCGGCACAAAUCAAAUGCGAUGUGGGCUCCAGUUUGCCCGAUGAUAAAGUGUUGCUGGUCGUUUGGUACAAGAACAAUUUGCCCAUUUACAGCUAUGACACACGUGGCGCACACGCAGGAACACCCUCGCAUUGGCGGGAUGAGGAGGUGCUCGAGGACCGGGCCGUCUUUCGCACGCACAAGGAGCCGGCGGAAUUGAUAAUAAAUCCGGUUAAGGAAAAGGAUGCGGGCAACUUUCGCUGUCGCGUGGACUUUAAGCUUUCACAGACCAGAAACAGCAACGUCAAUCUAGAAGUUGUCGUGCCCCCGCAGCAACCCAAUAUUUACAAUGAGCGGCGUUUGCGCAUCGAUUCCCGUGCGGGUCCCUAUGAGGAGGGUGGCAGCCUGGAAGUAACCUGCGUCGUCUUUGGCGGCUCACCGCCACCAACUGUCACCUGGCUGAUGAAUGGACAACUUCAGAACAGCGUUGUCGAUUAUACAUACGACGGCACCAUCAACAGCAAAUUGGUGGUGCGCAACCUGUCACGCAUCCACCAGCAUGCGGUCUACACUUGCCAGGCCAGCAAUUUCCACAAGAAAUAUGUGGCCACCAAUAUAACGAUUGAGCUUUAUCUGCGACCGCUUCUGGUGGAAAUCAGCUUCAACAAUCAGCCAAUGUCGGCAGACCGUAAAUACGAGAUUGAAUGCCAGGCAAUUGGAUCAAGGCCCCCAGCUAAGAUUACCUGGUGGAUGGGCAACCUAGAGAUGCACGGCCAUAGCCAAAAGGUGUCUGAGGAUGGCAAUGUCAGCACAUCGGUGCUAUCGAUUACUCCGACACGGGAAGAUCACGGAAAGGCUCUCUCCUGCCGUGCCACAAAUGAGCUGGUUCGCAAUGGCAUACGAGAGACAGCUAUGAAGCUGAAUGUGUUCUUUAUACCCACCUUACAACUGGACUUGGGCUCAAAUCUAAAUCCCGAGGAUAUCGAGGAGGGCGAUGAUGUUUAUUUCGAAUGUAAAGUGCAUGCAAAUCCUGCUGCUUAUAAAGUUGUCUGGAAGCACAAUCAUCAAAUCAUACAGCAUAAUCAACGAGCGGGCGUAAUUGUGAGCAGUGGAGAUUUGGCUCUGCAGGGUGUCACUCGUCAUCAGGCAGGAAAUUACACGUGCACCGCAUCGAAUGUGGAGGGCGAUGGCGACUCGAACAUUGUGGAGCUUAAAGUGAUGUAUAAACCAAUUUGCCGGCCCGAUCAAAAGAAAAUCUAUGGUGUGGCACGCAGCGAGGCGGCUGAAAUCGUUUGCGAAGUGGAUGCCUUUCCUCCGCCCGAAAAUUUCAAGUGGUCCUUCAACAACACCGCCGAAACCUUCGAUAUGCCACAGAGCGGCUUCCGGCCGCACUCCGCACAGGGUUCCACACUGACCUAUACCCCCGUUAAGGAAAUGGACUUUGGCACCAUUAUGUGCUGGGCCGACAACAAUGUUGGCCAACAGAAGGAGCCUUGUGUAUUUCAUUUAAUAGCUGCAGGCAAACCGGAAGCGCCAACCAAUUGUACUGUGGUCAAUCAAACAUCAGACUCAUUAGAGGUUUAUUGCCUUGAAGGAUUCGAUGGAGGCAUGCGUCAAUGGUUUCUAAUGGAAAUCUAUGAGCAGAAUAGUGGCAUCCUACAGGCUAAUAUUAGUGCCAAAUUUGCCAUGUUCAGUGUCGCAGGAUUGGACGCAGGUCGACUCUUUAGGAUCUACAUCUAUGCGGUAAAUGGACGUGGAAGAAGUGAAUCCGUAGCGGUUGAUGGGUACACACUAAAGGCCGCCGAGAAGCAAACUGUUGCACUAACCUCCUACAAGGGCAGCGCUCAGGGAGCCAACAGUUUUGAGCUUACACCCAUUCUAUCCAUUGGCAUCUUUGUGGGAAUUCUGGUUGCUAUCGUCUGCAUUGGAAUCGGGACGAUUGCUGCGCUUAAGCUGCGUUCCCAUAAGCAUCAACAGCAACAGAAAUUCGCACAUUCAAAUGCCAAGUUCUCACGUCCAGGCAAUUUGCAAAUUAAGGAUAAAAUCUCAUUGCCAUUGAGCCACUCUGAGGAGAUGUACGACGAAAAGAAUCCCGAUGUGGUGCCAUACAAUGAGGUUGAUGGAGAAUAUAAACAAAAAUCAGCAACACAAACGCCAUCGGGACAUCUUUCAACAACCAGCGAGGCGGAAAUCAGUUGCAAACCUGGAUCCACAGCUGGCGUCGGCGUCGGCGUUGGCGUUGGCGUCGUAGUUGGCGCCGGCAGCUCAGCGGACAGCGGCGCUUACCAGAGCAGCAAGGACGAUGAGCUGCACUAUGCUGAACUUUCAUUAAAUAGCGCCACUUGCAGCAGCUCGAAGAAGAGUCAGUCGGGCCAGGGAACAUCCCAGCAGCAACCACAGCAGCAGCUGCAGCAACAUCAGGAGCAAAAGCAACACCAACAGCAGCCAGUAUUGGGUGGCACCUUGCCACAUGGCUCGAGUAUGCGCAAGCUGUUACCCAACAUUCCAGCAACGGCAACGCUGCAACGGCAUAAGCCAAAUGCGGGUGGUCUGCAGCAUCCGCAUCAGCAUGCACCGCCGCCCACGUAUGAUUAUUUUGAGGAGCCCACGAUAUACGCCCAAAUCGAUUCAUAUAAGACACGAGCUGGCGCUGCUGCUGCUGCCGCCAUGCAGGUGGACACUGUAGUCGGAGCGGCCUUUGGAGCGUGCAUUUCAUCGCCAGGAUCGCAGGGUACUCCGUCAACCGUGUCGCCUGGCACGGUGCAAAUGUAUACGUUGCCCUCGCAUCCGGGAGGUUAUCACACGCUGCCGCACAAUCAUCAGCAGCAACAGCAACAGCAACAGCAACAGCAGCAGCAGCACGGUCAUUCGCAGAUGCCGCCCAACUCGGCAUCCAUGAUGCAAAUGAUGCAUCAACAGCUGCAGCAUCAUCCAGCUGGCAACAUGCCCAUGCCACCCUCCUACCAGCAGCAUCAACAGGCACAGCAGCAGCAGCUGGCACAUGGCCAAAUGCUCGUCUCGAGCAACAGCAGCGGGCUGGCCUCCACGGCAGCCAUAGCCAGUCCCAGCAGCUCCCUGUCGGGACUUUCCGGCGUUGGCAAAUCCUACUCACGUGAGAUUGUCACUGUCCGUACGCCGCUCAUGUAUUCGCAGCAGGAGAGCUGCGUCUAAAUCUAGUCCUGUAAGUUUCCAGCUCUUUGAGGUUUGUGUCUAGGCUAAGCGUUGCCAAAAACCAAUUAAAACAAAUAUAAACCAAAACAAAUAACACCUAUUCAAAUUCAAUGAAAAUUCUAUUUUACGCGAAUAGCCCUUUGACGACUUCCCAUUUAUUAAUAACUACGAUUAAAGCUAGCAGUUAGAACAAUUGAAUUAUAAAUGUCAAUGCAUAACGUAAAUAUUUGAUCUGAGAGGAAACAAACAGCGCCAUAAAUUUAAUAAAAACA